GGCGGCGGCGGGAGGUUCCAGCGCGCGCCCUGGGCGGUGGCGCGCGGCGGGGGGCGGUGGGGGUGCGCGCGGGCCGGAGUGGACGCCGCGGCGGCCGCCAUGCAGCUGACAGUGAAGGCGCUCCAGGGCCGCGAGUGCAGCCUGCAGGUGUCAGAGGACGAGCUGGUGUCCACGCUGAAACAUCUGGUCUCUGAGAAGCUGAACGUCCCUGUCCGCCAGCAGCGGCUGCUGUUCAAGGGCAAGGCUCUGGCAGAUGGGAAAAGACUCUCCGAUUACAGCAUUGGGCCCAAUUCCAAGCUCAACCUAGUGGUCAAACCUCUGGAGAAGGUGUUACUGGAAGAAAGCACCGCGCGGAGGGUGGCUGAGGCCCCGCCCGCACCCCCAGCCGCCUGGCCGCUCAUCUCCAAAGUCCUGGCCCGUCACUUCAGCGCCGCAGAUGCCAGCAGAGUCCUAGAUCAACUCCAGAGGGAUUAUGAGAGGUCCCUGAGCCGCCUGACGCUGGACGACAUCGAACGCUUGGCUGGCCGCUUCCUGCACCCCGAAGUGACUGAAGCUAUGGAGAAGGGGUUCUCCAAGUAGGAUUCUCGGAGUGUGGGGAGGAGCCUGGCCAGGCCACAAGCUGCAUGUAGCAUUAAAUGUGUUCUCCUGUUGCAAUCUGGCUCAUAAUACUAGCUGGCGGGUACCCGGGUACCUGUGCCUGGCUCUUGUUAGGGACCAGGCCCCGCUCAAAGCUCUUGACCUGGGUUUGCUCCCACAUUUUACACAAAAGGUGAGACAGCCAAGGCUCCUAGUGGUGAAGUAGGGGAGCCAGAAUCUGAGUCCAGUCAGUUUCUAGAAGUGCCUCAAGGUGAGAGGGUGAAAGGGGUUGCUUAGAAGGAUGCUGAGAGGUGGGCCUUGGCAUUCCAUGCUUGGCCCACUGAGGACGAGCCCUGGAGCAGUGCCUUCCCAGGCCCGAAAGCGGAAGCAGCUGGGCCUGCUGUCCAACCCUGUCCCCUCGCCUCUGGCAGGUCCAGCAUUGGCGGGAGGUCAGUGACAGCCAGCCUUGGGGCCCCUCAAGCUGCUGCGACCAGUGUGCCCUCGACCAAGGGAAAGUGGGCUGGGGAGUCUGGGACGUCACCCAGCUCUGGGGUGUGACCUUAGGCAAGUCCCUGUGUCAUGUUGGUCCCCGGCUGUUGACUCCACACAGUAAGGGCCACUCCUUAGACCUCAGUCAGUUUCCUUUACCCCUGACCCCUGGGGUCGGGAGUCUGCAGUGACCCUCCCCCUCAUGUCCCAGAUACAAACUGAGGCCAGGAGCUGAGCGACGGCCAAGCAUGGCCCACAGGUGGGCUGUCCUGGCCCUUAGUGUCCCAGCUUUUCUUGGGGCUCCCUGUCUGCUUGUCUCCUCCCAGACACGGGCAGUCCUUGACCUUUGGAGAUGACAGGUGACGGGCUUGAGGUUACUCAGUCAGGCCCCCAUACCCUGUGCUCACCCACAGUGUGGAAGUAGACCCUUCCUCUGCCGCGCGUGUACAGGGACUUUUGCUGUGCACACCACACACUGCCUGACAGGAAACCUCGGGGGGUGGGGAGGGGCCGAAAUCAGGAGGUAGGCCCUAGAGAUCAUCGAGGCACCUGCUCCUCAGAGGAGGGCACCUGGGCCACCCUUCUGCCUGGGCCUUGUGGGGUAAGCGCUGGGUCCGCGGGCUGGGAGGACAGACAGAGGCCUGAGGGGCAAAGUCUUUGAAGAACAGGUGGAAGGCCCUGGCCCCACCCAGGAGCUGGGCACGCUCAGCAGCAGGGCCCGUGUGAUAGGCUUACCUACGCUCUCAUUUCUUUCCAAUCAGGAAAAUUUAUGUUGACAUUUUCAAUCCCACUAGAGGUGAAUGUGAGACUUUGACUUUGAUAUGAAAGGAACUAUAUUAGCUGGGAUGCUUUUGGUUUCCAGUAGUUGAUUUAAUCAUAAAGGAAAUUGGUUUAAGCAAUAAAGGAAAUGUAUUCGUUUACAAAGCUGAGAAGUCCAGGGGUAUUGGCAGCAGAUAAACAAUUUCACCAAAUACCCAGUUUCUUCCUACCUCCCCUCUGCACUCUGCAGUGUCUGCUUCAUCCCAGGCCUCUGCCUCAGGAUCAGAAGAUGGUUGCCUGCAGCUUCCACCAAAUCCCUCGAUCACAGCCAGCAAGGAGCACCUUCCCGUCCUGUAGCGUAGCUUCUUCCUCAGAUGCCCCCAGCAAAUAAACGCUGUCCUUUCGUUGGUCAGAA